AUGGCGUCUCUUGUGCGCAUCGCUGGGGUCGGCCUAGUCAUUGUCACGUCGACUACAGCAGCGCCUGUUCCACCAAUCUUCUCACUCAUUCCGGCACCACUCGUCCCAGGCCCAACCAAUCCGACCGGCCUUGCUAAAUGCAUGAGAACGUACGGUGCGCCGCAUUGCAUUGAGCUCUGGGAACGUCCCAACUUCAAGCCACAAGGCUCCGGACAAGAUACCGCAGCACAAGGCGCAACGAAAAAUGAAGGGGCAGCUCCUUCUUCAGAGCUCGAGGCUAGGGCCCCACAGCCGCCACCUGACGAGGACUGGGAGGAUGUCGUGGGGAAAAUAUGUCUCGAGCAUCCCUGGAUUCCUGGAUUCUGCGAUGAUCACCAGCCGGAACCAACUGAUGAAGGAUUGGUGCCAACUUCGGAACUCGAGCCUAGGGCUGUGCUCGCAGAGCCACCUUUCAAGGGCCAUGAUGAUGCCCUCGCGAAGAUCUGCUACCACAAUCCUAUUCCUGACCUAUGCGACGACAUCGUAACCAAGUCACCCCGUCGUUCGACUGUCGAGACGAGAGACAACAUCUUCCACAAGCUGUUGAAGAUCGGUUGGGAUGACGCCGUCACCGCCACCGUAUCAGAUCACCCUGGAGAAGUCCUUGAAGAUGCCAUGAACGAGCCCGAGCCUCGAAGCCUCCCCGACUCCCCACCACACCACGUCAAACCACUCGGCUCUGGCCCGGAUGCCGCGCCACGCGAAGCAUACAACAACGCUGAGAACCUACUGCCACCAACUGCAAAGCGGGAAGCCGCCCAGAUAGAUGGGCCUCUCGAUGGUCCGUACGAAUAUGGUCCUUGGACGGAUGAGACCUACCGCGAACCGACUUGGCUGCGUCCUGUGCUGGGGUGGAAGUGUGAUGUUGGAGCUACUGUGGAUGUGCCUUUGUUUUGCACUUGA